AGAAGAGAAUGGUAUCUCUUCAUCGACAGUUCAAACACUUGGUCUCAGUUAGAGACUUUAGCUUUUUUUGUUGUAUUUUUUAAAGAGGCGUCGAAGUAUCUACACAAGUUGAGUCUUUUCAGCAUCAUUUUGGAAUGGCGUCGAUAUCAGCCUUUGGUUACCUCCCUCCGUCUCCGACUCAAUCCACAGGAGCUUCUUCCACCAACAGAUGCAGGACGACCGUGUCUGCUCGGUUACCCGACCGAACAACAGAUGACUUGUCUCCUCUUCGCUCUUCUGGUGGGAGUUGUGGAGAGUUUGAUCGAAGAAGAUUGUUGGUUUCUUCGGUUGGUUUGUUGAUUGGAGCAUUGACAUUCAGUGGAGAGAUUGCAGAAGCUUCCCAGUUCGCUGACAUGCCAGCGAUUAGGGGAAAAGAUUACGGAAAAACGAAGAUGAAGUAUCCUGAUUAUACAGAAACACCUUCUGGUCUUCAGUACAAGGAUUUGCGAGUAGGAACUGGGCCUAUACCAAAGAAGGGAGAAAGAGUUGUGGUUGACUGGGAUGGUUACACAAUUGGUUACUAUGGCCGCAUAUUUGAAGCACGCAAUAAAACCAAAGGGGGUUCUUUUGAGGGUGAUGAGAAGGAAUUUUUCAAGUUUACCUUGGGAUCUAAUGAGGUGAUACCUGCUUUUGAGGAGGCCGUUUCUGGGAUGGCUCUUGGUGGUAUCAGAAGGUUGGUUGUACCUCCAGAGCUAGGAUACCCAGAGAAUGACUACAACAAGAGUGCGCCGAGACCGACAACUUUCUCUGGACAACGUGCAUUAGAUUUUGUACUCAAGAACCAAGGGCUCAUAGACAAGACACUUCUCUUUGAUGUUGAACUCCUCAAAAUUGUACCAAAUUGAUAUAACUCGGACCAUCUACACCUACUUUGACGUAUAUAUAUUGUCUUGUGUAUACUUCAACAGCACAAUUGUUUACACUGAACUCAGUUUAUACAUCAUAUAAUGUUAAGUUCUCA